AUGAAUGAUAAUUUGUCUGUCAUCUGUGAGCCAGGUGAUACACAAAUCGUUGAUCGCAGCUUCCGCAACGUUGCAGGUGUAUUCGAACAAUUAGGAUUUGCUCUUAAAAUGCCGGGAUUUCUUAAAACAGGUGCUAAGCAACUUGAUUCUGAUCAAGCAAAUGAUACGAGAAUGAUCACCAAAACAAAAUGGGUAAUUGAAUCCUUUCAUUCACAAUUUAGAACAUGGAGAUUUUUUUCCGAGCGAAUCAGUCAAGAUUUUCUUCUUGAUAUCGAUAUACUCGUUAGAACUUUAGCAGCAAACUUAAAUAAAUAUCGACCUCGUCUUUUUUAUGGAAAAUCAGCUGGUGAUUAUGCUUUAGCAAAUAAAAUGUUAUUGAUGAAAAACAAAACAAGUCACCUCCAACAGUUAAUAUCUAAUGGUGAUUUAUCCUUAAGAAACAAUUGGAAAAACAUACUUCAUAUUGAUAAUAAUAUUGAUUUUCAAUAUUUAACACUUGAUUUUCUUCGAGAAUAUACAUGUGGAAUUUACCAGAUAAAACAAAGUUCGGCUUAUGCAAAAGCACAUUUAUACGAUCAUGAUGGAAAAUUUGAAUUUCAGGUUUCAUCUUCUGAAUGA